AUGGGUUGUCGGAGGAUAUUGUUUGAAGAAGCAGGGCCGUCCGGGCCGAGUAGGGACUCUGCGGAUAGCCCUUCACCGAAAAGGCUGGAGAUUAACGACAUGAGAGUCGCCGUCGACGUGAGAAGUACAGAAGUGCCGGAAAGUUACAUGAAUGAAAGCAUGGAUCCAAAUAUGAUUCCCAGAGAAGGGAUGUCAUUCCACACGGAAGCUGAAGCAAAGGCGUUCUACAUGAGAUAUGCACAACUGGCCGGGUUCGGCGUGAAAAUGAAGGCCACUAAUGUACGGGAAGAACACGCAGAUGACAUAAACAAGCUUAUUGAAUUCUUCAAGGAUUGUGAGGCUCAAAACCCGCAGUUCCGAUGGGAACCAAAGCUGGACUCUGAAGGUGUUAUACACAGCUUAUUCUGGAGUCAUGCAAGCAUGCAGGGCGAUUAUGCAGAUUUUGGUGAUGCAAUGAGCUUUGACACAACUCAUAAGACUAACAUUUAUGAGAAGCCACUAGCAAUGUUUGUUGGAUCAAACCACCAUCUGCAGAAUACAUUGUUUGGAUGUGCAUUGGUAGGAGAUGAAACAGCGGAAACUUUUGAAUGGGUGUUCAAAGCAUUCAAAAAGUGCAUGGGACAAAGUAGAACAAGGUGUAUCCUCACAGACCAAGACCAGGCAAUGGGAGUGGCGAUUGCCAAAGAGUUCCCAGGGGUUGUUCAUAAGAUUUGCAGAUGGCAUGUGGUGAACAAGCACAUGCCACAUCUAACCAACCUCUUUGGGAUGUAUGCGAAGAAAAAUUUCAAGGACAAAUUUUAUUCUGUGCUAAACCACCCACUCACCCCUGUGGAGUUUGAGGCCGCUUGGCAGGAACUAUUGGAUGAGUUCGACCUACAAAAGGAUGGCACUUUAGAUAGCCUUUACUGCCAGCGACAACUGUUCGCCAAAAAAAUGCUUGACUUCAUGCAUUCACGUAAGAUGAAGGAGUCUGAAGAGUCGUACCAUGGAACGAGCAAAAGGCUCACAAGAAGCAAAUGGCCAUUUGAAAUACAGGUUUCAAGAAUUUAUACUAGAAAUGUUUUCAAAGACUUUGAAAAGAAGAUGAUCGAUUGCACGGCUUACGAUAUAGAAGACAAUCCAAUAGAGGGUGAAACAUGCUAUCUGGUAACUCACACAAAUAGGUCUUCUAAACUAUCUUGGGGGCAGCACCAGUUCAAAGUCCGUGCAAACAAAGAAAAUGGUGAGUUUCAUUGCGAGUGCAAGGAGUGGCAGCAUACAGGUUUGUUCUGCGUGCACUUGUUGAGAGCCUUCAUGAGAAUCCAGCUAAAUAGUAUACCACAACAUUACAUUCUCCGUAGAUACACAAAAUAUGCACAGCAAGAGUUGGGAUUCGACAGGAAUGACAAGCUCCUAGUUGGAGCUGAUGGAGUCACACAGUUGUACAGAAUCAAAGAUCUAACGUCCCUAGCAAUGGCUGCAGUCAGGUCUGGGAGCAUGUCGCGCGCUGCGCACAUUAGAACGAGAGAGGUGUUGGCAAAGCUUGACAAAGAUAACAAAGAAAUACCCCCUGACAUCGGGCCAAGCACAACAAACAUGCACCAAGAAUCACCAGGAGAGGAGUUAUCAGAUUGUAGUGAAAGUGAUGAUGGCUAUAGUGACAACACAAAUGAUGAACAAUUGGCGAAAAGGGUUACCCAGGAAUUGGGACAAGCGAACGUGGAUGGAAAUGAAGCCAGGGAGAGUAUAAAGGGGAAAAUGGUUCUUGCAACAAAUCUGGUAUGA